AUGGAAACCACAGCACACGGACGAGGAAAAAUGUUCAGGCGUAGAUCAUUUUUCAAAAUAAAGAGGUGCACAAUUAUAUUCUUUGGCCUGCUCUUGAUUUUCAUAUGGGCCAAUCAUUCGAAUCGCGAGAGUGAUGCCGGGGAUCGGGCCUCAGCUGGUAAUCAGAACAAGACCGAUGGGGGUGCCCUAUCCGAGACGGAGCGAUUGUAUCAGCUGGCCAGGCAGCAGCACCUGAAGUAUCGGGAAUACCAAAUUACGAAGAAGAAGGAGCCGGAGCCGGAGCAGGAGCAGGAGCAGGAGGAAGCAAAGACGGAUGAAGCCUUCGAUACCACAGCUAUGGAUGUCGACUUUCGGGAUAGUCGCAAUGCAAAGAGAACAGCCAAGCCGGCCAAUCGGUACUUUGUGUAUAGCCGAAGGUGCAAGAUGCCCUAUGCGGAUCCCUUCUCCAGCGAAGCUCUGGCCCUCUACACCCCAGCCAAACUGAGAACCUGCACCAAUGAGUCGGAUCUGAUGUCGCUGAGCUACGAUCUCAAACUACAGAAAUACAAAAUCCAUGUGAAUACCGAGGUGCUGGUCGGAUUGGCUCCGAACAUCACUGAGCUGACCUGCAGCUAUCAGGAGGUGAUCCUCCGUAAAGAUCUUACCGGAAAUUUCAUCAGUUUCCUACAGCCUUCAGUCAACAUCACAAACAACAUGGCGCUGGAUAAGAAUAUGAGCGGAAUUAUAGCCGGGUGCCAUGAUGGAAAGAACGCGUCCAGAAUCAUUCAGAGGGAUGCCUUCCCGCUCGUGCAAGUGAUCAACAAGGAACCUCGGACUGAGUCGCAACCAUCGGAUAGGCAGCCCAGCGUCAUCAUGCUGGGCCUGGACACCAUGUCGCGGAUGAACUUUAGGCGCACAAUGCCAAGGACGGCCGAAUAUGUGCGACAGUUGGGCUGGUUCGAGCUGGAGGGCUACAACAAAGUGGCGGACAAUACCUAUCCAAAUCUCUGUACUGUUUUGGCCGGUGGCAGGCCAGAGCAACUGGAGAAAAUCUGCGGAUUUUCAUACCCUGAUCAGCAGGGUUCGUGUCCUUGGAUAUGGAGGGAUUUCAAGAGGGCAGGCUACUCGACGGCUUACGGCGAAGAUAUAAUAGGGGAUUCCGUCUUCUCGGUAUCUGACUCCGGUUUCCGCUAUGUGCCUACCGACUUUUAUCUGCGCCCUCUUCUGAAGAGCCUCACCCAGUCGAUGCGCACCUACCGGAGGUUCGGCUACGACUAUUGUAUGGGUCGGCGAAUAGCCAUUUCGUAUCUGUACGAUUUUUGCAUGCAGUUCGCCCAACGAUUCAUCGAGGAGUUGGAUCAGCCAGCCUUUGGUUUCUUCUGGAGCUGCACCUUCACGCACGACUAUCAUUACGGAGCUUCCAGUUUGGAUGGAGUAUUCAUGGACUACCUAAAAAUAUUCGAGAGACAUCAGGUCUUUGAGAAAUCCAUCGUGAUACUGCUCAGCGAUCAUGGGGAGCGAUUCGGUGAUCUCGUCAAACUGUCCGACGGUUUCCUGGAGGAGCGGUUGCCCAUGCUGCAUAUCUACUUGCCCCCCUGGUUCCGCAAAACAUAUCCUAACUUUGCCCAGUCGCUCUAUUUGAAUCGCAACCGUCUCUCGUCUCCGUACGAUCUCCACAAUACGCUGCGCCACAUUCUCCAGCUGAAUGCAACCAAACCUGAGCAGCUUCCUCCGCUGAAAAAUUGUAACUCUAGUCAAUCGCUUUUCCACCCUUUGCCAAGGGAUCGCAGCUGCGUGGAGGCCUGCAUCGGCGAUCACUGGUGUACGUGCCACAGCUUCAUCACCAUAAAACUGAACGGAGAUGCAUACAACAUGGUCAAACUGACGCUGUUCUACAUCAAUCGUUGGUUGGUUUUACAAAAUUUUAACAAAAAAUGCGAUCGCCUGUUGCUUGACGAUCUGGACUACGCGGAGCGGAAGCUGUUGAGCGAUGAGAACGGACAGGAGUCCUUGUACGGUGCCAUUAGCACCUAUCGUCUGCGUUUUCACACCAAUCCAGCUGUGGGUCGCUUCGAGGCCACGGUGCGCUACAACAAGGAUCUGCAGCGUUUGGACGACUUCGAUAUAGAAGAUGUCAGUCGCCUGAACAGAUAUCACAACGAUUCGCUCUGCAUUGAUGAUAAAAUUGCCAAAAAGUUCUGCUUCUGCACUGGAAUCAUUGAUCCUGAAUGGACGAAUCAGUAGUACCCAAAAAAUAUUUGAUCAAAAUACACACAAAACACAAAAUUUCAUCCUUUGAAUGACAUCACAUCGAAUCAAUCAAUGAUCUAUCAGAGCAUAUUAAUUAUUCAUUAAUUAAUUAAUUAAUUAAUUAAUUAAUUAAUUAAAUGUUUCUUGAUGUCAAAUACAAGUUCGAGGUAUAUUUCGAUACAGCAUUAUUAUUGUGGACCUGGACUAGAGCGUAUCAUUAUUAUAGACAGAAUGCACAAAGCAAAUUGCUGUGACUACGCUGUCCCUUUCAAGCGCUUGCUCAUUCACUCUCUGUCUCUCUCGCACACAAUCUUCCUCGAGCAGUGUGCGCCAGCUAGCGGAGGAGAGCCCGAUGUAACGGCUGAUGUUGGUGUGAAAACAGAGACGGAUUUAGCGAACAGAUCAAAUAUUUUAUAAUUCGAUUUAAAUAGGUAUUUAGGCGGGAAGGUGUUAAGCGACUUAAUU